AUGCCCGAGAAUGUAUCCCUCAUCAGAAAUCGGACGGAAGUCGGGCAGGGUCGCGCGUGGGGUAACGGGGCGGGCGCGCGGCCAGCAUGGGUCGUCACGGUGCUGGCCAGCGUGCUGAUCUUCACGAGCGUGGUGGAUGUGCUCGGUAAUGUGCUAGUGAUCAUAUCGGUGCUCAGGAAUAGGAAACUGAGAAACGCAGGUAAUGCGUUUGUGGUGAGUCUGGCUUUCGCUGACCUCCUGGUGGUUUGCUAUCCCUACCCCCUGGUCUUGCACGCAAUGCUGCAUGCGGGCUGGUUGCCGGAUGAGAUGGAGUGUAAGGUCAGUGGCUUCCUGAUGGGAGCAAGCGUCAUCGGCUCCAUCUUCAACAUCACUGCUAUCGCCAUCAACCGCUACUGUUUCAUCUGUCAGGCCAACACCUACGAGAAAGUUUACGGCCGUGCUGGAACCCUGGCAUUGCUGGUGUUAGUCUGGGUCUUCACCGCCCUCGCAAUUCUUCCAAACCUGGCACUGGGGUCACUGACCUAUGACCCCCGCGUUUAUUCGUGCACCUUUAGUCAGACGACAAGUGCGGGUUACACUAUCGCAGUGGUGACUGUGCAUUUUCUGCUUCCUAUCGCUGUUGUCACAUUCUGCUAUCUGAGGAUUUGGGUGCUGGUGCUUCGUGUGAGGAGGCGGGUCACAAGCGACGUUAGGCCACGUCUCCGUCCGAGUGAGCUGCGCCACUUCCUCACCAUGUUCGUUGUCUUUGUGCUGUUCGCCGUCUGCUGGGCACCGCUGAAUUUAAUCGGCCUGGCUGUGGCGGUGGACCCACCCCGUGUUGCACCCUUAGUCCCCGAUUGGCUGUUUGUGGUGAGUUAUUUCAUGGCGUACUUUAACUCCUGCCUGAACGCUGUGGUAUAUGGACUUCUCAAUCAGAACUUCCGCAGAGAAUACCGCAGAAUCCUUCUGUCACUCUGUAAGCCACGCCUCUUCCUGCAGGAGACGUCGAGAGGCGGGACUGAGCGCAGCAACAAACACUCACCUGGCAACAACAACGACGACGACCAGCCCAAGGCUGUCACACUAUAA